UGUACUAACUCCCAGGGUGCCUUGCAGCUGUAAUGGCUGCUCCUAGGCGCUACGGAUGUGGGCUUGUUCGUUUUCUGUUAGGGGCCUGGCAGCUGGGCCCCUACGCUGCGAGAGAACAGGAGGCCCCUCUCCGUUUACUUGUAGGCUGUCAAAAGAGGUUUUUGUCCUGUUUGGUGGGCAGCGCUUUCUCUGGUCCCCGCCUGGCUUUGGCCUCUCGCAGUUAUGGCCAGGGCUCAGCCUUGGACCGCUUCCUCGGAUUCUCUCAGGUCGACAGUUCGCCGACUUCUGUAGUCCCUGCAGUGUCCAUGAACAGAGAUGAGCAAGACCUCCUCUUGGACUGUCCGCCUGACAUGCCUGAAAAUCCCCGGGUUCUACGAGUGGUCUUCCUAGGAGCCCCAAAUGCAGGGAAAUCAACCCUCUCCAACCAGCUGCUGGGCCGGCAAGUGUUCCCUGUCUCCAAGAAAGUACACACCACUCGCUGCCAAGCUCUGGGCGUCAUUACAGAGAAGGAGACCCAGCUGAUUCUCCUUGACACACCUGGCAUCAUCAGUUCUGCUAAACAGAAACGGCACCAUCUGGAGCUUUCUUUGUUGGAGGACCCUUGGAAGAGCAUGGAAUCUGCUAAUCUUGUUGUAGUUCUUGUGGAUGUCUCAGACAAGUGGACUCGGAACCAACUCAGCCCACAGGUGCUCCAGUGCUUAACCCAGUUCUCCCAGGUCCCUAGUAUUCUUGUUUUGAACAAGGUGGAUUGUCUGAAGCAGAAGGCAGUUCUUCUGGAGCUCACAGCAGCCCUUACUGAAGGUGUGGUCAAUGGCAAAAAGCUUAAUAUGAGACAGGCCUUCCGCUCACACUCUGACAACCAUUGCUCCAGCCCAGCAGCUAAGGACCCAAACACACAGUCUGUAAGAAACCCUCAAAGGAUUGGCUGGCCCCACUUCCAGGAGAUCUUCAUGUUGUCAUCCCUAAGCCAGGAGGAUGUAAAGACACUAAAGCAUUACCUCCUGGCACAGGCCCAGCCAGGACCGUGGGAGUUCCACAGUGGAGUCCUCACUAAUCAGACCCCUGAAGAGAUCUGCACCAACAAAAUCCGAGAGAAGCUCUUGGAGCACCUGCCUCAGGAGGUGCCCUAUAAUGUGCAGCAGAAGACAGUCGUGUGGGAAGAAGGACCAAGUGGGGAGCUGCUAAUCCAACAGAACCUUCUGGUACCCAAAGAAUCUCAUGUGAGGAUCCUGAUUGGUCAGAAGGGCCAGUUGAUCGCCCAGAUUGCACAGGAGGUGGGUCGCGAUCUCAUGGACAUCUUUCUCUGUGACGUUCACAUCCGCCUUGCUGUGAAGCUCCUCAAGUGACUAACCUCUACUACCCUCCCAGGCCAUCCAAGCUCAAACUCCUGGCAGGAAUCAUCAGAAUGUCCCCUGCCUAGUGGGACUUCAGGGCCUGGUAAAGGGAGUGGACACUUAACUAGCUGCUGGCCGGCCUGGCCUUGCUGAGUCUGCAUGGCCCCUGCCCAGCCACACCUCUUGUUGGAGGAAGAACCUACUUUAGCUCAGUUCCCAGGUGGUUCUCAGUCUGGGGCCACAGCUAUGUAGAUAUCAGAAGGUGAUCUCUGCCCUCAGCUGGCAAUGGGCCCAGAAUUUUGCCUUAAUUUGCCAGUUGUUAGCAGGGAACUAUUUCUUUUUCCUCGCUACUUCCUUUACCUCAAAGCCCUGUAAGGACCUCCUGACCUCCCAGAGUGCUGAGGUACCACCCACCUCCAUUCCUUGACCCCUCCCACCUUCUGUGCCCAGUCUUAGAUGUCAAUAAAGUUAAAAGACAGCUGUUAAAAAAAAAAAAAAAAAAAGACAGCUGUUCUGGUUCUCAUCUUUAUUUCUUUAGAACAGGGAAAACACAUCUGUUUCCUCACCCCCACCCCCUCGUAGACCUGGAGUCUCCCUCCCAGGAAUCUGCUCCAGAGUCCAGAGUUCUCUUCCUGGCACAGUUUCGGGGAGCAGCAAGAGAACCGUCACCAUUACUAAACUCAGUAAUGGUAACGGUUUCCUCGCCAUCCCCAAGUGCCCUGUGACAGACUGAGCGGUGAGCAUCAGGGUUCGCAGCAGCCCACUCAGCCUCAUCAGACUCCAGAGCUGGGGGUACCCGGACUAGUACAUCAUCUAUACUGUAGUGUCUCAUCACAAACUUACAGUAUAUGAUGAUAUCCCAGCCAGAGCCCUAGGAGGUCAGGAAUCGGACUGGCCAGGAUAGCCAGGGGUUGGGCUCAAGGCAGGCCAGGGCAGGACUAGAAGCACAAUGCCCCUUACCCCCACCCUGGUUCCCUCCCAGCCAGCAUCUCUUGGAUUCCGUGGUCAGGCUUAGCUCAAGUAUUUUAGGGAAGAGAAGUGGCCCAAAAAAUGCUGCUGCAGAGCUAGCGUCUGUUGAGAUCUGUUAGGGACCCAGGGCUAUAGUUAAAGCAAGCCAGAGACACUAUAAAGAAACAGGUUUCCUCCAGUGAGAUCAACAAGCAGACAGACUGACCCAGAGAGGAAUGCUUACCUGGAGCCGGAACUGCAGUGAGAGACCCCUGAGUGUAGAGGCCUUGUCUGCGCCCAAGCUGUUUGCCUUUUUAACCUACUGGCCCCUCCCUCGGGUGGGGCACUUUUCUGAGGUUCUGGAAGGCCCUGCCUCUUAACUCUUCCUCUGCUGCACUGUUUCUGUCCCUAUUAGGUCUUCGUGUGUGUUGCUAUUGUUGCAGUGUUGGGGUCAAACCCAAGGCCUCAAACAAGCAGUUUACCAGUAAGCUACACUUCCAGCCCACCCCAUUGUUCUAAGGGCCUUGCUAAAUCAUUUUUUAUUUUUUUAGUGGUACCGGGGAUUGAACUCACAACCACACGCUUGCAAGGCAGGCGCUUACGCUGCUGAGCUAAAUCCCCAGCCUGGGCCUUGCUAAAUCUUAAAGAGCCAUUGUUCAACCCAUCUCAUAAAGCUGGUCAUCUGCUGAUCAUGGUGGCUGUAACCCUGGCAUUUGUGAAGCUGAGGCAGGCAGAUUGCCACAACUUCAAGGCCAGCCAGGGCUACAUAGUUGAAGACCAACCUGAACUACAUAGUGAGACUGUCUCAAACAACAAAAUAAAAAGAACUGGUCAUCUGUCUUUUGGGGCUGGAGAGGAGAAAGUACAGCCUUACCACAUCCUUCAGGGCUUAGAUGUUUAUCAGAGCUCUGUUGGCGGGUUUGCCUUACUUUGUUUUGGUGAUGGUGGGGAACAUUGGUCAACAGACCAAAGAAGGUACUGUCAGCUGCGUCCAUGUAGACUCUGUCUGGGGCAAGCUCACAGGACGCCUCAGCCUAAAUUUCCAUUCCCAGCUCCAGCCUGUGUUGAUGCUGAGCUCAGAAAGGCCAGACAUACACAGGCAAAGCCUUGCCUACCGUUCUGACAAGGUCCCCUGGGUGAGAGAAUGUGCUCCUGAGAGAUCUGAGUGCACCUGGCUCCCCAGCUCUUGAGAGAACCAGCAUUAAAAUGACGGGGGGGGGGGGGGCUAGGGAUUUAGCUCAGCGGCAUAAGUGCCUGCCUUGCAAGCAGGCAGUCGUGAGUUCGAUCCCCAGUACCAAUAAAAAGGAAAAAGACAAAAAAAAAAAAAAAAAAAAAAAAAAAAAAAUGACAGUCUGGUCUUCAGAGCUCAAGGUGCUUAAACUAAUAACCCUGCAUUGUUCAAUUUUCUGCCUUUGAGAAAGGGCAGGGUAGAAUUAGGGUAGAAUUCCUCAAAGCAGGGCUUCUGUUGUUCAGACCCUCCUUCUGGGGCGUCUUCUCUCUCUUUAUCCUAGACAACCUGGUAUGUUCUGCUCCUUUACAGGGACAGACAAGACCUGGAUGGGGAGACAGGGGAGGCCUGACCUUUUUUUGAAUCUUUGGGGGCAUUUUGUUUCCUUCUGCUAUUGAACUGAGGCACAUGUUCUACCUAUCCUGUUUACCAUGAUUUCCCCUUCCUUUUUGUCUACCUAAUACCUUUUCCCUAUUCAGCUCUCUAAGGGAGAUUUUCAGGGAAGUCUUACCAGUCUUUUGGGGAGAGUACAAGCAGAGAUUGACAUAGGGUGUUCAUGUAACCCAGGAUGACCUUGAAUUUAGGAUUCUCCUGUUUCGGCCUCCCAGUAAUAGGAUUACAGGCAUAUGCCAACAUGCCUGGCUCUUCCCAGCCUGUCUGCCUGUCUGUCCUUUUUUUUUCUUUUUUUGAGAUAGCCUCACUUUGUAGUUUAGGCAGGCCUUGAACUCUCAGCAGUCUUCCUGCCUCAGCUUCCCUGAGUGCUGGGAUUAUAAGGGUGUACUACCACACCCAGACUAAUUCUUUUUUCUUUUUUCUUUUCUUUUCUUUUCUUUCUUUUUUUUUUUUGGUACUGGGAAUCAAAUUCAGGACCUUGCACUUGCCAGGCAGGCAGUACGCCACUGAGCUAUAUCCCUAGCCCAUAAUUCGUGAAAGUAGAUUAGAGCAACCAUUUGUAGUAGUGACAAGACCUGAAUGACAGCCUCAGCUCACUGCUUCCAGACUGUGACUUUGGACCAUGUGCUGUUAACCUCAGUUUCCUCAAAUAAAAGAUGACAGCUGCCAGUG